AUGUCCGUCACAACCUAUUUUCAGUCUCUAUUGGAGGCUACACGUAAAGAAAUAGGUGUAAGAGCUGAUGUUAAUUGUGAAGAUCGCUGAUUAAGUAACCCAAGCGAUAAGAAGUUAGCAGAGAAAAGAUGAAGUAAGCCAAAGUCUCAUCCUUCAUAUUUUGAGACAAAGUCAUCGCAAACAUUUUACAAUGUUGUCAUAGACCCUAUAAGAGACUUAACCCAGGGCGAUGAGGUUGUGAUUGUUCCACAAGGACCUCUGUGUUAGGCGCCUUAUGCUGCUUUCAUGGACUUGAAAUCAAAGUACCUCUGUGAAACGUUUAGAAUUCGUCUGCUCCCCUCGCUUUGUAGACUGUAAUUCAUCCAAAAUUGUUCAGCAGAUUGGCACAGCCAGACCGGCGCUCUUCUCGUCGGCGAUCCGUGGGUACAGGAGGUAACGCUGCUAGGCUAGGGCAGUUAGAGUGGGCCGAAAAAGAAGUGCAGAUGAUUGGGGAAAUACUUCAAACGGAACCUCUCGUUGGAGCGAAGGCAACAAAAGAUGAAGUUUUGAGACGUAUUUCCUCGGUUGCUUUGGUGCACAUUGCUGCUCACGGUAAAAUGGAAACAGGAGAAAUUGCCUUGGCCCCUAACACAACACGUUCACUCGUGAAUCCAGUCAGGGAGGACUAUCUCUUAACUAUGAAAGAUGUUUUAAAGGCGCAGAUUAGGGCAAGACUUGUUGUACUUAGCUGUUGUCAGAGUGCUCGGGGAGAAGUCAAAUCUGAGGGUGUGGUCGGCAUCGCACGAGCUUUUCUGGGUGGGCGAUCGACGACGAAGCUACUAUGGAGUUCAUGAAAGUUUUCUACCAGCAACUAGUUCAUGGACGAAUUGCCAGUGAGGCCCUGAAUAAAGCCAUGAAAUCCAUGAGAGAAUCUGACCUCUUUAGCGCAGUGAAGUACUGGGCGCCGUUUGUUCUCAUUGGUGAUGACGUAACGCUCGAGUUUGAAGGCAUCGAU